AUGUCCAACACAUCUGUCCCUACCGUUGGCUACUAUAAGCUCCGGGCGUUGGCUCAACCCAUACGACUGCUCUUGAAGUAUGCGGGCGUGAAUUUUACCGACAUCUACUACGAUAAACCCGGAGCCGUUACCCGGGAAGCGUUUAAGGAGGACUGGUUUAAAGAAAAAUUCACCCUGGGCUUUGACUUUCCCAACGUACCAUAUUACAUUGACGGCUCUGUCAAAUUGACCCAAAGUAUGGCCAUUACGCGAUACCUGGCCCGCAAACACGGGCUGAUGGCCACCGACGAGACCGGACUCGUACGCCAGGAUAUGCUGGAGCAACAGUUGACAGACUUCCGGAUGGGAUUAAUGGUUGGCCUCGCGUUUAAACCAGACUUUGUAAACCUUAAAGACAAAUAUAUAGCCGAAACACUGCCCCAACAGUUGGACGCGUUGUCCCGCUUUUUGGGUACCCAUCAGUGGUUUACC